CUACUCUCCCCCAAGCCCCAAUCCCUCUCAAAAUCCCUAAUCUCUAAUCUUUAAUCACUCCAGCCAUCGACGCCGGCGAAGCUCCCGUGGAUCUCAAUUAGCUCUCGGACACUCGACGCCGGCGAAAGCUCUCAUGGAUGCCAGCGAAACUCGACAUUAGAGAAGAUAAAUUUGUGGCCUUUACUACCCAUCCUUGAGAAGAUACAAGAAAAUCGAGUCAAUCUCACCUCAUAUGACACAAGAUGGGGGAUGUGUACAUUGUUAAGUAUUAUCAUGGGGGGACAUUAUUAAGGGAAGGAGAGGUUGAAUAUGUUAAUGGAUCAGUGGUUGAAUUUCUUGUUGAUCUUGACAAGUUGGCAAAUAAUAGUUGCUCUUGUGGAAAAUGGGACAAGAGUGGCAUCCCUUGUCAACAUGCAAUGCCGGCAAUUGCAUUUCAUGGACUAGAUCCUCUUAAUUACAUAUCUGAAUGGUUUAAGAAGGAGACCUACCUGAAGGCAUACCAGUUCAAUAUUAGUGCAGUGAAAGGAAGACGAUUUUGGCCAACAAGUGAAGAAGGCCCCAUGUUGCCACCUAUAACCAAGAGGAUGCCUGGUCGACCUGCAAAAAAAAGGAAAAGAGAACCUUUGGAAGGCAAAAACAAAAGCAAUACAAAACUAUCAAAGGAAGGUAGAGUGUUCAAGUGUGGAAUUUGUCACAUGGAAGGUCACAAUAGGAAAAACUGCCAGAAUAAAGCUAGUAGACAGGACACAACUAAUGAAGUUGGAUCGAGUGGACAGAAAACAAAUGAGAGAAUGAAGACAAAUGGGAAAGAAAAGACCUAUGCUACAUCAAAAAAAAAAAGAGGAAGACCUGCUUAUGGGCCAACCAGAAUUUUAAGAGGAGCUCACACUGGAGAAGCAAUCCUGGGAAGAGAAGUUGCAAAUUCUUCAUCCUUCAUUACUACCAAUGAACUGAUUGCUCGAAGAAAUGCAAGGGUGGUUGCAAAUAAAAAUCAAGCUGAAGUUGUUGGUCACCAAUCAUCUGCACAAGUUGAAGGUCUAGAUCUCCCAACACAGCAAAGCACAAACAACUAAUGAAGACAAAUGAAUGUUUUUGGUUAAUAGUGUUUAUAUUUUUAUCGUAGUGGAGGAAAAACAAUAUGUUGUUUUAAAGUUAUAAUCUUUUGUAAACUCCACAUGAGAACUGAUGAUGUGCGAGGAUGUAAUCUGUUGUUUUUGUUAAUGGGAUGUCAAUUUGGCUCA